GGACUACAAUACCCACAAUGCACCACUACCGCCAGCAACAAGGAAGUGUGGCCCGACAGGGAAACGUCAACUUUGUACAUGUCGACACAUAAGAGUGUGUUUUAUAAGCUAUUCCCUUAUUGUCACUCACAUUUGGAGUCAUGGCAGGAGACAGCCAGCAGCUCAGCGAGUCGGUAGUGAUCCGCAGUCUCAGGCGCUUCAGAGACAGAUAUUUCCCGAGUAGUGGGGAAGUUGUCAAAGAUGAAUUGACGCCUGUUGUGGAGACGGGAGAAGAACCGCAACCGGGAUUUUUGGAUAGCUUACCGGUGGACUUACAGUUCCUGAUCAUGACAUUUUUGUCUCCUGCGGAUAUCUGCCGCUUUGGAGCCACCAGUCGGUACUGGAGGGCCAUGGUUAGAGAUCCGUUACUGUGGAGGUACUUCCUGCUCAGGGACAUGCCAUACUGGCCCUCCAUUGAUCAUGUGACCAUGCCCCAUCUGGAGUUGUUGGAUGCACCACUAAUCAACGAGAAUGAGACCCUGGACGAUAGAGAAGAGGGGGAAGACAAAUGGAUGAAAUCGAAAUUGGACUACAUGUCAGAGUACCUGAAAGGCUGCCCAUCCUGCAGGCAACAAUGGCUUCCUUCACGACCGGCGUAUGAGGUUGUGACCUCAUUCCUUCAGUCUCUGGUGCCCUCAUCUGAACCGCGUUACGCCAUGUUCGGACCCGGCAUGGAGCAGCUGGAUGUCUCUUUAGUCACGAGGCUCAUGCAUGCCCCAGAUGUGCUUCCUGUGUCGGGCACUCCACACAGACAGAUAAAUGGUAUCGGCUCUGGGAUCAGUUACAUGUUCAACAACCAACACAAAUUUAAUAUCCUGACACUGUACUCAACCAAUAGGGCAGAGAGGGAAAGAGCCAGAGUGCAGCAGCAGAGCAUCAGUAAUAAACUUUUUACGUUUGAAGGAACAGAUGAGUCAGGCUACCCAAUCUACAGUCCUGCUCCUCAGGUGCAGGAAGUAUGCCAGGUGGUGGAUGGUUUUAUCUAUGUAGCCAAUGCAGAGCCUGGGAAAGCGCAGAACACUGAAGACAAAAACGUGUCUUCAAUAGAUGAGGGGGAGUCCGAGGUGGCUCAGAUUCGGGCCGUGCUGAGCUCUGCCGGAGGUUCAGCGUGCAGGCCUCUGCUGGUGCUUUCCUGUGUCUCCAGAGGAGAACCAGAAGCAGUCGGAUCAGCAAGCCUGCAAACUAUUACCAGCAGAAACGGUGCCAAGUGUCGGACUCCCUGUGUUGACAUGGCGAAGAGACUCGGCCUACCCCAACUGGCCAUCCCCUGGAUGGUGCAGGACACAGUAGCAGAAUCCCUGUCAGGUCUUCUGGAUGGCAUUUCCUGGUUGCUGAGAUGUUCUGGAGUCAAACUCUAGCUAGUGACCUAACCUAAUUAAAACUACAGAACUCUUGCACUGAAUUUCUCAAGAUAAGAACACUGCACAUGGAAUUUAAUGAGAGAUCCUGCUGCUCAUCCAAUGCUUCCUUAUUUUCAGAAAGAACCAUAUGAAGGAUGUUAAUAUAUUAUAUGUUAGUAUAAGUUAAUUUAUAUGCCAUAUCAUGGUACAGGUUUACAAUUGGUGAGCUGCUAACUAACCUGUUAGCCCACUGGUUUAAUUCGAAUUGUACAUUAUUUUACAGUUAAGAGUGUUUGAAAAAUGCUGAAUACUUUACAUCUUUUUGAUUUGUUGCACAAUGACUUUGUUUUACAAAUGGUUUUAGAAUUAUAUGUUUUUCUCGUGGUGAGUGAGUCACACUUUCAGCUUCCAACGCUGAUAACGCACUGUUAAAUGUCUGUUAAAUAACCAGUAAAUUGCUGUAAUUACAAUGACAAAACUAUUCUCUGUUAAUGAGUCAUGUUUUCUCUCUUCUCCUUUUCCUUUUCUUUUCUUUGUUCUUAUUUCUAUCUCAUGCACAUAUUUCAUUUUAUUUCAUUCAUUUCAUAUUUCAAACAGCAGUAGAAGGUAUUUUCUUUCUAGUCUGUUAAGUAAUGUGCCACAGUCUUGCCCUGUGGUUCCUUUCCUCUGACAUCAGCCCUGGAAUGAAAACUUAAAUCCACAAGCAUGGAUCAAUAUCCUGUUUGUCCACCAGGGAGCGUUACUGGUAGCUAUGUGAUAAGUUAAUGAAAGGUCUGCCUUUGAUUUUUCUUAUAGUCAACAUUUUAUAGAAGUUAAAAGUAGGUUACCAACAUUUAACUUACAUGUUAGCCAAAUGCCAAACAGGAAAAUCUUGGCAAACUAAGAAUACAUUACAUUUUUAAUUUUUUUUAAAUCUUUUUUUUAAUCUUUUAGUACACAACCAAAUCCCUGUCCCUGUCCCAUAUUUUCAGUGCAAUUAAAUGAUCAGUUUACAACAAUGUGUUU